AUGGGGGAGCUGCACUAUUUCCUGGAAAUUCAAGUAACCAGGAUUGAUGAUAGUGGUCUACUAAUGACUCAAAGCAAGUAUGUAAAAGACUUACUUGUAAAAGCAGGCAUGAAUGGCUGCAAAUAUUGUUCAACACCACUAUCGUUAUCCUUAAAUAUUCAAGCUAUAGGGGGAGCAGAGCUUGACAAUCCCCACCUGUAUCGAUUAGUGGUAAAAAAUCUUCAAUACUUGACAGUAACCAGGCUUGAUCUAACCUUCAGUGUAAACAAACUAGCUCAAUUCAUGCAAGCUCUACUAGAGUCACACUGGAAGCUAGUCAAAAGGAUACUAUGUUAUGUAAGUGGAGCUGCCACCUAUGGUCAUAAGCUUUCUAAAGAUCCAUCUAUGAAGAUAACAACUUAUUGUAACCCGGAUUGGGCAUGUGACCCGAGUGACAGGAAAUCAAUUGGUGGAUUCUGUGUAUAUGUGGGAAGGAAUCUGGUUUCUUGGCACUCAAAGAAACAAGGAGUGGUAGCUAGAUCAAGUACAAAGGCAGAGUAUAGAGCAUUGGCAGAUUUAGUAGCAGAACUGAUCUGGAUCAAAGGUCUGAUAGAGGAAUUAAAGUGGCCUGUUCAAGAAGCUCCCAUGGCAUAUUGCGAUAAUCAAAGAACUAUGUUCUUAGCGGAAAAUCCUAUCCUGCAUUUAAAGACAAAACACUUUGAAAUUGACUUGCAUUUUGUCAGGGAUUAUGUCACAAGCAAAGUCAUUCAAGUGAGUCAUGUCCCCAACUCAGUUCAGAUUGUAGACACCUUUACCAAAGCUCUCCCCUCCACAGCAUUUCUUCAUCUUAGGGACAAACUCAAGGUGCAGAAUUUGGAAAAUUCAGCACCCUUGAGUUUGCGGGGACAUGAUAGAGGAUACAAUAAAGACAUGUGA